UUGUUGGAUUGUUUCUAGUCUACUUCUAUCAGCUUUCUUUCCUCUCCUCCCGUCAUGCCAAGCUGAUUAUUCACCUUUGCUUCCCUUCUGCUGCAGCUUAUCUUACACACAGCCCUUUGUCGACCAUAACAACUCAACCGUACCAGGUUGACAAGUCACUCCUGCUCGUCACCCUGACUCCAAAAGACCUUAACCCUGACCCAGACCCUGACAUUGCCUGAUUCAUAAAAGCCGUCGAGGGCCCCCCUCCACACUCAGGUCCCGGACACUUGAGAGGUUCCUCCAACUUAAGACUUUGAGGGAACCUUCCAAGUCAUCACUUAGUCUCAGAUCCGGUAUCCCUGUAUCGCAACUAUCUACUAUCUAACCCUCCGCCACCGUGCUCUCUCUUCCCGCUUUCCGCUCCUUCGAGCCUUUCAUGUAGCGCGGGGCUCGGCGGAACCUACUAUCACAACCAUGAGGAGUAUCUUGUUUUCGAGGGACACCCGUCCUUCGACGAGUGAGCGUAAUAGCACCGUACCACCGUUCCCGAGACGGCAGAUGCUAGUUUUAGCAAUCUGUCGAAUAUGCGAGCCAAUUGCUUUCAUGGGCAUAUUUCCCUACAUCUACUUUAUGAUCGAGGACUUUCACAUCACCGAGGAUAAGAGCAGAAUCUCAUUUUACGCCGGCAUGGUCACUUCAGCCUUCACUUUUGCUGAAUUCUCAACGGGUCUUUUAUGGGGACGUCUCAGUGACAAAGUUGGAAGAAAGCCGGUCUUACUCACGGGUCUAAUCGGUACCGCGAUUAGCGUCUUGAUAUUCGGAUUCGCCCCUAACCUGACAGUUGCUCUCAUCGCUCGAGCUGUUGGAGGACUUCUGAACGGAAAUAUGGGCGUCCUUCAGACAACCGUGGCCGAAUUGGUGACCUCCAAGGAGCAUCAGCCUCGAGCUUAUACCAUAAUGCCCGUCGUAUGGUGCCUAGGAUCGAUUAUCGGUCCAAUGAUCGGCGGCGCGCUCGCCAGGCCAUGUAUCAGUUACCCAAGUUUGUUCGCUCCAGGAACCAUCUGGGACAGAUAUCCUUAUCUGCUUCCCAAUCUCUUCAGCGCGCUUAUCGUACUCAUUGGAGUUGUCAACGGAAUCUUGUUUCUCGAGGAAACCCAUGCGGAGAAGAAAUUGAAGCCGGAUCGCGGACUAGCGCUUGGAAACUGGAUUCUUUCGUGCUUACCAGUCUUUCGGAAAUGCGCCGAGCCAAGAGACGAAAAAUCGAAAAUGGCCGAGAUGGAAGCCCAGCCACUCCUGGAUCACGAUGAGCAACUACCCGGAUAUCAGACGAAUGAAAACUCGCCUGAAAACUCACCACGCAUUAGAUCGGCCUCUGUACCUUCGAUUUCGUGGGAUUCGCUCGAACUCGAAAGUGGACGUGAAGAUUUGAAUCUUGGAAUGUCCAGGAUUUUUACUCGACCGGUAAUCCUAAAUAUCAUCUCGUUCGGAAUUUUAGCCUUUCACACCAUGACCUUUGAUCAGCUAUUUCCAGUAUUCUUGAGCACCGCUCCUCCAGAUCAGCCAAUGCCGAUUAAGCUACCAUUCAAAUUUGUCGAUGGCUUCGGACUCGACAGCAAAACGGUCGGCAUCGUUCUAAGCGCCCAAGGAGCUUACCAAUUGGUUGUCAACAUGUUCAUCAUUCCGCCAGUCCUGAAGCACUUCGGUGCCCGCCGCUUAUUCCGUUUCUUAGUUCUCGCCUAUUUUCUACUCUAUUUGGUUACGCCGUAUCUAGUGCUCUUACCGGAGAAGUACCGCAUGGUUGGAGUUGGAAUGGUAUUGGUUUGGAAAUGCACCUUUGCCAGCAUGGCAUAUCCGAGCAACGCGAUCUUGACCGCAGAUUCAGCACCCAGCCACUUGGCCCUCGGCACUAUCAACGGCGUAGCAGCAUCGACAGCGAGCUUAUGUCGUGCGUUUGGUCCAACGAUUUCUGGAAUUCUCUAUGCUGUCGGUUUGAAGACAGGUUACUCGGGCUUGGCGUGGUGGUGCAGUGCUUUCGUGGCCAUUGGCGGUGCGAUCGUGGGGCUCCAGAUCAAAGAACUGCCAACUCGUGCGGAUAGGCCGGUGGUCCCUGCUAACAACGCAGAAGGCGGCCAACCCGAAGAUACCCAGGUCGCUGAGCGAGCUGUUUCAUCUGGAUCUGGAUCAUAGAUUGGAAUUGGAGUAAUUUCCUGGCCUAUUGCGAGGCCAUCAUUUCAUUCUCGGCGGGAUUCCAGGUAUAACAGGGAGCUUGGAACUUUUGGGUUACGACGUUUAAUGACUUGUUCCUUUCUUGGCGCCGGAUCGUUCUCGCCUCUCAU